GUGAUUAUAAUGUUUCAGUUCAUCGGCCCGUCAGUCCUCCACACGCUUGUGUUGCUGUUGCCCAAUUUAAAAUGGAUGCAAAGCCAGUUUCUCCUCACAGGCUCGAUGGCCCGGAUCUGGGUUAUGCGCUCGCGGUGCUCAGACUGACAUCCGGCCGGACACUGCCACAGUCCUGAUGGACGUCAGUCCAGUUUGGCGGGAUGGAGACACUUCGUGUGAGGUUAAGGUGUGAAAGCCAAGCAGUUUUGCUCUCCAGUGCACUCGUUCCUCAUUGAGUGGCUGAGCAAUGUCCCGUUUCCAGCUUUCGUGGGUGAAGAGCCAUGCGGAGGCUCUCUGGAUGAAGCACUUCCGUGCGGAUGCUGAGGAGAACCGAGGAUUGGUGGAGAGGGAUGAGCUGGCUCAGACGUAUGGAGACUCUCAGGCUUCCAGUCCAGACAACAUGGAGGACGGCGCUCCCAGCACACGGACCAAAAUCACUACAUGGGAGGCGGGUUGGAACGUCACCAAUGCCAUACAGGGUGUGUUUGUGCUGGGACUGCCCUACGCUCUUCUGCAGAGCGGGUACGUUGGUCUGCUGCUGCUGGUGUUAGCCGCACUCAUCUGUAGCUACACUGGAAAGAUCCUGGUGUCCUGUCUGUACGAAGAGGACGAGACCGGCCACUCGGUCCGCGUCAGACACACCUACGAGGACGUCGCUAAAGCCUGCUGCAGACACAUCUGCCCUUACAUCGGGGGUAAGGUGGUGAACGCCGCACAGGUAGUGGAACUGGUCAUGACCUGCAUCCUAUACUUGGUGGUCAGUAGCAAUCUGAUGUGUCACAGCCUGUUUUUCCUGCCUCUGACCCCGGCGACCUGCUCCGCCAUCACCUUCCUCAUCCUCGUGCCCUGCAUGCUGAUCCACGACCUGAGAGUGGUGUCGCGCCUCAGCCUCUUCUGCUCGCUGGCUCAGUUCCUCAUCACCUUCAUUGUGAUCGGCUACUGCCUCCGUCAGUCGCCGCAGUGGGCCAGUAGGAGACUGAGCGCUGUGACGGUGGACUUUGAUGGCUUCCAGGUGGCGGUGGGGGUGAUUAUCUUUAGCUACACAUCACAGAUCUAUCUGCCUACGUUGGAGGAGAGCAUGACGGACAGGUUAGACUUCGACAGCAUGAUGAACUGGACUCACGCUCUGGCCUGUGUACUGAAGACAGCGUUCUCCGUGAUGGCCUUCCUCACAUGGGGAGAGGAAACCAAAGAGGUGAUAACAGAUAACCUGCCCACAGCUUUGCGUACGGGGGUGAACCUGUGUCUGUUGGCGAAGGCUCUCCUCUCGUAUCCUCUGCCGUUCUACGCCGCGGCAGAGAUACUGCAGACCGGCGUCCUGAAGCUGGACUCAUCCGCAGACGGGGCCGAGCGGUGGACGCUGCUCCUGCGUGGCUCUCUCCUCCUCCUCACGCUCCUCAUGGCGCUGUACGUGCCUCAUUUCUCUCUCCUCAUGGGCCUGACGGGCAGCGUGACCGGGGCGGCCAUGACGCUUCUGCUCCCCGCCCUGUUCCACCUGCAGCUCAAGUGGACUCAGCUGGACAUGAGCCGCAGAGCUGUGGACAUACUCAUAUUACUCCUGGGCUGCUUCUGCAGCGUCUCAGGGGUGAUAUGCUCCAUCAAAGGAAUGGUCACAGCCUUCGAGGACAAAUAGAUUACAAAUAUGUAGUUACGUUUGCUCUGGUUGGUGGUGUUUGGUUGUUAAUAAAGUCAAACGGAGCCGUGUCUGGAGGUUAAUGAGCCUGCUUUGCUUCCUUCCACAAAUCUGACUGUGAAAUGUUAUCUAGCAUCGAGUGCUGUUGUCAUAAUUCACCAUGUUCAUUGCUCAGGCACUUACCAGGCCAAUCAUGCAUGAAAAGCACAUGAGAUGCUGCGCUACAGUGUGUUUAUUAUUCCCUCGUUGUCUCUGGAGUGCAGUAAACAACUUUUGACAGUCAGUUAACUUUAUGUAAAAAACAAAUCAUAAACAUUCUGCUUGCAACUAAUAGGC